UGGAAUAGCAACGAUAACUUUGUUGUACGUCUUAUUACAAAACAAACUUAUUUCCGUUUAAGAACUUCACUAUUUUAGACUGAUGACUCGCGUGUGGGAGCGUUCGUCCGAUCAAUGUCGUCUAGCAACACAGUACUCCGGUCUUCUGCUAAACGGUUUGCAAGACGAGCAUUUGUGCUUUGAGAAUCAGCCCUUCCUUGUUCCGGGUUCUUGUGACACCAUAUUGGGAAGUCCAAUCGAAAAAGACAAGGAUGAACAUAUUUACAUCCAUGGAAUCAACUUGUUUGGUCGCGAUAAUGGAUUUGGAGAACCGGCUGUAGGUGUAAGGCUCAGUGCGCACAAAGCAUGGCUUGAAUCGGUGCUCCUGCCACACUCCAAAAAUGAGACAUUUGUUUACAUUGACCCUGAUCUGGAACCUGGCACUAAAUGUGGCUAUGCCAAUGGGACGAGAGGAACUUGUAUGGCUGAGUCAGGUUGUCCUGUUUUUCGUUCACAAUUGCAACAAAGACAACAGAUUACAUUCUGCUCACAUAGAAAUAACGUUUGUUGUCCUAACACUGCAACCAAUUCUCGAAUGAUGGCAAUAGAAAAAGAAAUCACCGAGUGUGAGGAGCGCUAUCGACACUUAAGAACUGAUCGACAGAAUGGAAGUUCUCAUGCCGUGAAAUACAUACAGCAGCGUUCUGUAUCCAAACGCUGCUACAAAGCUGGAAGUCCGAUCGUAUGGAGAAAGGCGCUGAAUGACACUGGUUACGUAGAAUAUCUCGUGCACCUUUACAGCUAUGGAAGUUGCAAAUCCAACAUCCCGCGCGUAGUGGCGCGCAUUGCUGCGUACAUCGAGUGGUUCAAGGAAGUGUUGCAGUAG